CUUAGGCAGCGUGGCAUGUGAUUCAUUCCAUCCAGUUGCUUCACAUUUCUUUCUCAUAAUUCUUCAGAACACAAAACUAUUUAAUAUUAGUACUGAGGAUUAACCCAUAUCUUCGAGUAGAUGAUGACACAACAUUGUUGAACUCAUAAGCCCAAGCCGGCUAAGGGUUAAAGCUGUUUUAAAGCUCUCUGGGUCGUUGCCUUACGUCAUCGCGACUUUGAAUGACGGAACAUCUGGCAUCUAGCAUCUAUCAUUUGGGAAAUAGUGGCAUCACAGAGAUAAGAUGGACGAUUAUAACGCGGACGUAUUCGUCAAUCGCGAUGAUCCCAUCCCAUCCAUCGUCCUCGAUGGCUCUGCGCCGGCCAGACCGCGUACGCCUUCAACUCCGGCAGAGCACUCCGAUGGCGAGACUCCGUCGGUACGUACCGGUCUUCGGGGCCGCUUCUCGGCUUUCAAAGAGAAAGCUAGGAUUCAGGACCAGUUGGUCGAGAAGUUAUUAUCACAAGUCGUGCCUCUCGAUGAUGCUCACAUCCCCCAAGAUGAGCCCACGCCAAAAGGCGGUAGUCCAGGCGUGGUGCGCCCCAACUUCAACCUAACCACUAUGUCCAACAAUUUCCGCCGCUUCAACGCCCGAAUAGGCGUUGUCUUCGUGUUCCAAGCCCGAGCAGGCCGGGUAUUAUCAUGGAAGCAACCUACACACACCCUCUCCUUCCUCGCCGUAUACACCUUAGUUUGCCUAGACCCCUACCUCCUACCUCUUCUCCCCUUAACAAUCAUGAUAAUCGCCAUCCUAAUACCCAACUUCGUGGCCCGCCACCCCGCCGCCGAGUUCAGUCUAUCCAGCGAGCAAGCCAUCGGCUACUCACCGCACGGCCCGCCGCUCGCCCCCGCCAUCACCGUCAAGCCCGUCAAGGAAUUAAGUAGGGAUUUCUUCCACAACAUGCGGGACCUCCAAAACAGCAUGGAGGACUUCAGCCAGCUCCACGACGCCAUCAUCCGGCUCAUGGUGCCGCGCACAAACUUCAGCGACGAAGCGCUGAGCAGCGCUCUCUUCGUCGCCCUGUUCGUCGCCUGUCUGUUCAUGAGCAUCGCAUCGAACAUCCUGCCCUGGCGAUUCAUCUUCCUAGCUCUGGGCUGGGCGGCCACAUGUAUGAGCCAUCCAGCCAUUCAACGACAGCUCCAGACCGCGCACGAGAAACACAUACACCCGCAGGAGGAGAAAGCCCGGGGUUUUGUGGAAAACUGGAUCGAGCGGGAUGUCAUCCUCGACAACGCGCCGGAGACCCGCGAGGUCGAGAUCUUCGAGCUGCAGCGCCUGUCCGGCGCCGGCGAGUGGGAGCCCUGGCUGUUCAGCGCGUCGCCGUACGAUCCCCUCUCGCCGGCCCGGAUCGCGGGCGAUAGGUCGACCGGGGCCCGGUUCUUCGAGGACGUGCUGCCGCCGCGGGGAUGGGAGUGGAGCGAGAAGAAGUGGGCGCUAGACCUGUGGAGCCGCGAGUGGGUGGAGGAGCGCAUCAUCACGGGCGUCGAGGUCGAGACAGAGGGCGAGAGGUGGGUUUACGAUAUCUUCGACGAGCAGGCUGGUAAUAAGGUGGGCGUCGUCGAACAGCCGGUUCCGGUUAAAGGGAAGGAUAAGGAUAGGGUUAGAACGCCGCUGAAGCCGAGCUGGGAGGAGGGUGAGGAUGGGGAUGGGAGGAGAGGAGAGUGGAGACGGAGGAGGUGGGUUAGGUUGGUGAAGAGGAAGAAUAUACCUGAGGCUGCUUAGUGAGUUUUGGUGAGGUAGAUGAAUGAAUUGGAUGCGGAGUAAUAUUUUGUUUAUGUGGUGAUUUAUGUGGUAUGAGACUUUAUUGACUGGUGUAUGAGUAAGAUGAGAAGGGGCUGAUUUGAUGCUAUUUACUGACUUUGCCUUUCUAUAGACUCGUGAGAUUGGUCAGGGGCAUGUUCAUACGCUUGCCGAGAAGAUGAGAAGAGAUGGAUAUAGUUACAUGAUAUAACGGAAUGUUACUCGGUUCUCGGCAGUGUGAUGCUUAAGUUGAUGUUGCUUUCUAGGUACGUAAAUAUCUUAUAGGUCACGUCUCAUUCAUGUACAUAAUGGCAAAUCACUAUGGUAAGAAGUAUGUGUAGGAAAUAGGUACAUAUUUAUUACAAUUUUAUCUACUGGGAAAAUAAGGGAAAGGAAAGUUAGGUGUCUAAUCUGUGUCUCUUCGAGUUCACUCUAGCACCAAUGUACCUAGCUGUAUAAUUACAGCUCCACCGGAAAUAGUUUCCGCGAAGGUUUAAGAUACCAUAACUUGAGCGGGAUCGGCGUCUAAUGGCGUGAGACCGUAUUUCUUAAACAAA